AUGAAGAACGCCCUUGCGCUCAAGCAUCUCGCAGAGAGCCUUGUGCUUCCGAUGGUGGGCAUCGACAAGGGUCUGAAGAGCAGCUAUCUCAUCCCGAGACCGAUCAACAAUCCCACGAGCUACCCUUAG